AUGAAAGUCAAGCGUUCUCAACUUCAAGCUGUCCGCAGAGAAUUUGAGACUUUUCAAAUGAAGCAGGGAGAGUCAGUGAAUGAUUAUUUUUCAAGAACAAUGGCAGUUGUAAACAAAAUGAGGCUAUAUGAUGACCAGAUGACUAAUGUCACCAUAGUUGAGAAGCUUCUUCGGUCAAUGACACCAAAGUUUGACUAUGUUAUUUGUUUGAUUAAAGAAUCAAAUGACAUAGACGAACUCUCAAUAGAUGAGCUACAAAGUGCUUUGCAGGUCCAUGAGGAAAAGGUGAACCGAAGCAACAAUAUUACCACUGAAGAGCAAGCUUUGACAGCUUCAACCUUUACUGAAUCCUCAGGUUCAAGAGGAAGAGGUAGAGGAAGCGGUAGAGGAAGAGAAGGCAGAGGAAACCCAGAGGAAAAUGGAAGCAAGGAUCUAAAUUUUUAA